AGGGCGGAAGUGAGGUGAGAAGUUCCACUCGCGCUUCCGAUCUCGUAAUCCACUUGUUGAAGCUGAGCGAGUUAAGAAGGUUCGUUAAACGGAUAUGUUUAUUUAAACAAUAACAGUUUCAUUUGAGUGAGCGCCAUGUUAGGCUUUCGGGAAGCUGGCGUCAUCGGUGUCUCCGUGGCUCUGGCUGGGGGGCUGGCCUAUAUCGUCUGGAACUACGCGUUCUUCUCUAGGGAGUCCGGUGAAACUCGCCCGGGGGACAAGGGUGAGAGCUGUCGGCAGAGGCGAAGGCCCGCCGGAGAAAAAACGAAGAAAGAGGUGGUGGAGAAGAGGGGUGAAGACGCCGAGGAAACCGUCGAUGCCCGCGUCGAGACUAUUUACUCCGCCGAGAAAGCCCGGAGAGUAUCCGAGCAGUCAGCAUCAGUUAAGACAGAGGGGACUCAGGUGCUGGUUCUGGGUCUGGAUGGAGCUGGUAAAUCCAGUCUGCUCUACUGUUUAGCCAUCGGUAGCCUGGAUGUGGACAUUGAGCCGACACAGGGCUUCAACGCCGUCUCCAUUAACAGAGAAGACCUGCACAUUGAAUUCCUUGAGAUCGGCGGAAAGGCAGAGUUCAGGCCUUACUGGCCGAGGUACAUGUCCAAGGCUCUGCUGCUGGUGUUCGUGGUGGACUCGUCUGCUCCGCAGCUCUUCGGCGUCGCCAAGGCACAGUUGCACAAGCUGCUCACUGCCGACCCCUGCUUGCCGCUAAUGGUACUGGCUAACAAACAGGAUCUCCCGGGUGCCUGCAGCAUCACCGACCUGCAUGACGCUUUGGAGCUUUCUGAGGUGGGAGAGCGCAAGAUGUUCCUCAUCGGCACGUGCGUCAAGAAGGGCGAAGCUGAAGUCAGCUCGGGCGUGCGGGACGCCCGAGAGCUCAUUAUCCAAAUGGCCAGCGGCAAGUAAACGUCGGUCGACCUAAUUUUCUAUUUCCGCGCCUUUACGCCCGCCGGUGUUAUUAUUGUUCUGUUGUACUCAUUUCGCCGUGUUCACGGGUGGUCGCAAAAGUAGCGGUGACUGAAACAAAGUUGAAACUGAACCAAAGAUGUUUUCAACGAAUUUGUCGUAUAAAAAGAUCAUUUUUGGACAACUUUUUUAUGGGUACAAAUAUGGCUUUCAUCUAAUAUUGUGACUUGUAACUUUUUUUUUUUUUUUUUCACGAAAGGAUUUCUUGUAAUUGAUCUAUACACGUAAUAUGACGAUGAAGAGUUUUUCUUAAAAUACGCAGCUAUAAUUGCGAGGAAAAGGUCAUAUUUUAAUACAUUAAAAUUGUAAUGUUGCAAUUCCCAUUUUUUUGGAAAAAAAAGUUGUGUGUAAGAAAAUACUCGUAAUGUUAAAAAGAUAAAGUCAAGAUAUUGCAUGGAAAAAGUCAUCGUCGAGCAAAAUGUCAUGUUGAAAGUAUUAUUCUGACUUUAUUCUGGUAUCUUUUUUUUCUGCAUGUAAUAUUGCGAAUUUCUGCUCAUAACAUUUCAAAAUAUAUCAUUCUGGAAACAUUGUUACUUUUUCUCUUGUAUUACAAUGUUAUUUUUGUCACAUUGGUACUCUUUAGAUCGCCAUCUUUUACUGUGUGGCUAUGAUCUUCCUCACGCUCCAUUUUAGCUUGGAGCAUGACUCCUUACAACCACAAGAUGGUGCCAAAGUUCAAUGAAAGAUUUUCAGGAAACAGUCAAGCAAAAACUGUUGAAAACGUGUUUUUUUUUUUUUUUUACAACAGUUCUGAAGUGAGGGGGACUAUACCGCGUGUGAAUUGCUACUUGAAAAGUUAUAUGACAGUAACUUAUACUGAUGAAUGUCAAUAUGGUGAUUUAUUUUUCAACUUGAAAAAAUUUUUAAUUUAGAGAUUUUCAAGAUAGAAAAUUGUAGAUUUUCUAAAUGGGGUUUUACAAGAACAAUGUCAUUACUCAAGUUUAAAGUUAUCGAAAAAUGUAGAUUUUCAAGUUAAAAAGUCGUAUAUAUUCAAUAUUAAAGUCAUAUUUUUGAGAAAAUGCUGUAUAUUUUUGAUAUUAUACAACAUAUUUCACAUGAAAUUAUGUCUUUAAUUUCUUACAUUAACCUAUUAUUUUUCUAUUUUUCUUCUUUUUGGGAUUCUAACCAAAAAUCCCCCAAGUAAGAAUUUUUUUUCUUUUUUUUACCAAUUAAAAUUAAAGAGCAUUGUGUAUUAAAUUUGGUAGUUUUUAUUAUAUUAUUCACUUGAUGUCCUGUAGAAUUACGUCAGGUGAGGCAUGUAGAGUGUGACUCGGGUUUCACGUGUGUGGUUGCUACGGACUCGCGUCUCCAUGGCAACAAAGGCCAGUAAGCGAGGCUCCUUCCUGACUUCUUCCAGUUGUGUUUUUUUUUUUUUUUUGCGGAAAAACAAGGUAAAGUGAGAACAGCCAGGAUAUGUCAUGCGAUAAUCUUAAAAUAUUUAUUUGACAAUAUGCGCAUAGUCUUAUGAUUUAUUGCAAGGAUCAAUAUAUAGUUUC